CUUUGCCCAAGGUCCCAUCAGAGCUUCCGUCAUCCACUUUGAUUUUCCAUCACGGAUACUCAUUGUCACCUGUCUAACCAUUCAGAGUCACCCGCAUUCUAUUCUUUAUCCACAAUAUCAGCCCGAUUACCCCUCGCGGUUACAGUACCAAUUGAUCAAUAUGGGCCCUCCUCGGCGCAAGGUACUCGCCACGGCGGAAGAGACGAUGGUCCCGCCGGAUGAGCUUGCCCAGGGACACUUGAUUACGCGGGUCAUCAAAGCUACCGGAAACAACGUCUACCUGGUUGAGACGCCAUCCAAGGAGUCGGCCCUGGUCGAAUUGCCUUCGCGGUUCCGUUCGACCAUCUGGAUCAAGCGUGGAUCUUACGUGGUGAUCGACACCAAUGCUCUUGAGGGCCGCGACAACAAGCUGAAGGGCGAGAUUAUCAACAUCGUCCGGGACGAGAAGGCAUGGCGCAAGGCUCCAUUCUGGCCCAAGGAAUUCACCAAGCAAGUUGUUGCUGCUUCGGACGACGAGGAAUCCGAGGAGGAGUCUAAUGUUGGUAAACUGCCGCCUUCGGACGACGAGUCUGAUGCGUGA